AUGGCUUCCACGAGUAGAGGUUCUCCUGAUGACGACGGUUAUAAAAGAUUUACAGAAGAUAUACACAAUGUGUCGUAUGGCUCGAAUACAUCAAACCCGAUUGAUGAGAUGGGAAGUAGAUCAAGUCUCAGUAGAGACGAUAUCGGAGAUAUGGAUCAAUGGGAGAUGAAUUUCCACGAAGCAGCUAUAUUUCUAGAGGAAGGAGCAAACAAUGAAAAGUUCGAUUCACAUCCGCGUCACCCAGGAGCGCUGCCUGCCUAUCUUCUUGUGCAUAAUUCCUGGUACUAUGGAUUUGAUCUUUUCUUCUCGUUGGUACUUUUAAUGUUGGCGAUGGUCGAACAACCAUCUUUAGACACAUUCGAGUUUCCGGUUGCAAUUCAUAGCACCUUGGAACUGGUAGCUCUCGGUGUGAUCGGAGUAGAAUUGAUGUUGAAAUUGAGGUGGAUUGGGUGGAGAACCAUAUUGAAGCACAAGAGAACUAUGGUUAAGUGUGUCACUCUCUCUAUAAUGGUCCUCGAAGCAAUUGCCGUACUAGUUCGUCAAUCGUCGCACUUCCGCGUAACCAGAGCUUUAAGACCGAUCUUCUUGGUUGACACAAGAGCCUGCGGAGGCGUCCGCCGAUACAUCAGACAGAUAUUACAGUCUCUGCCUCCGAUUCUCGACAUGUUGGGACUGUUGAUGUUCUUCGUAUGUUCCUAUGCCCUUUUAGGUUACUUUCUCUUCAGCGGGCACGAAACCAAUCUUUAUUUUAGGACGCUAGGCGACAGUUUUGUCAGUAUGUUUGUGCUGCUGACCACAGCCAAUUUCCCAGAUGUAAUGAUGCCUUCGUAUGCAAUUUCAAAAUGGACUGCUGCCUUUUUCAUUUCUUAUAUUUCGACUGUUCUAUACGUAUUGAUGAAUUUGAUGCUUGCCGUUGUAUACGAAACAUUCACGGGAAUUGAAAAGGAUAAAUUCAGAAAGCUCCUUUUACAUAAAAGACAAGCUUGCAAACUCGCCUUUAGACUUCUUGUCAGCAAGCAAUCACCGAAUCAUAUCAGAUUUAAGCAAUUUCACGGACUGAUGCGAUAUUAUGCACCAAAGACACGAUUGAGAGAUGUCGUUUUGAUGUUUCGUCAAUUAAAUAAAUCAAACUCUGGACAGCUUACGCAAGAAGAGUUUCUUAACGUAUACGAUUCCUUGACCUUGAGAUGGAGGAACAAGACGCCGUUGGAUCCCUGGUUUUCAGCGGCGUGGCCACCGCUUAGAGUCUUUUGCCGGGCAGCGAAAACGUUAGUGACGUGGCCGUUCUUCGAACAUAUUGUUUAUGUUUUAAUAAUAGCAAACGGAGUGGCAAUGUUCGUAAGAGUUAUGCAGAACUCCGAUUCUCUGGAAGAAGGUGCCAAGCUGUUUUGUGCCUCAUGGGAUACCUAUUUCUUUUUAAUAUUGUUCUUAAUGGAAGCUCUAUUGAGAAUAAUCGGACUAGGAUGGGCGGAAUACAUAUCAUCCGGAUGGAAUAUCUUCGACUUAUCAGUAACACUCUUUGCUUUAAUUGGAGCGUUUUUGUUAUCCAUGUUGCCAAGCCUUACGGCAGUAGUCAUAUUAAGACCUUUGAGGUUAUUACGAUUGUUCAAGUUGAAAAAGAGGUAUCGGGAUAUUUUCGGCACGUUGGUACUUCUGAGUCCGUUGAUGUGGUCUACUGGCAUUGUUAUGAUGGUCAUGUAUUACUUCUUCGCUAUAAUAGGAAUGGAGCUGUUCUCGUCUUAUAAUUUGAAGAACUGUUGCGAGAAUAGCACAGUAGAAGACUUUUACAAAUCAAACGGGACAUCUAGCGGUAUCGGCUACUACUACCUGAACAACUUCUCUAACCUUCUGACUUCCGGUGUCACCUUAUUCGAACUGACAGUUGUUAACAACUGGUUCAUUGUCAUGGACGCCUACGCUUUUCAAUCGAAAAACAAGUUUUCUCGAUUGUAUUUCAUGAUGUUUUAUUUGUUUACGAUGGUUGUGUUGACGAUAGUUGUAGCUUCUGUUUUGGAAGCGUUCAGAUUUAGGAUCCAGUACAAACAACAAACUUCAAAGAAAGAUGAGGAACUUAUGUUGCACGAAGAAGUGAUUGUCGACUGGAAUUCGCUGCAAUCACAAGUUCAAGAAGUAAGACUUCUAGAGUCUCUUCAAACGGACUUUGUUGUAGGGGGCGUUGUAGCGUACAUUGGUAGACGAAGACGAACCAGAGAGGUCCUUCAACACCACAUGUACGACAUAGAAAUAAAGCAAUGGUUAGAAGAAGCGGAACAGGCCGAAAGGGAUGACAUCAAUCUGAUUAUUGAAGAAGCGCAAAUGAACGCCAGGCUUAUUUCCGCUUAA